GCGCUGCCUGCCUGACCUUGACAAGUUUGGGACCCUUCGCAGAAGAGCAUGCCUCCACCAUCGCCGCCAAACUCGAGCAGGAUGGGACUCGCCUCGCCGCAGCGCAGGCCCUGGAACGCCUGCCCGGCGGAGUGCUGCAGCCCUACUUGAAGGACCUGGUGUCCAAGGCCCUGUGCGACGGGGACCCAGAGACCCGCCAAGCGGCAGUGGCUGCCAUCGCAAAAGCAGAUCCAGACCGUGUGGUCAGCGACUGCUCAGGAGAGCUGGUGAAGUUGCUCUCGCACCAGCAUGCAGGGGUCCGAGCCUGCACGGCACUGGUCUUUCGCAACCUCAAGGAGAAGGGACUCUUCGGUGCUUCAGAAGUGGCGAAGCUUCUGGAGGACACAGCGGAGGACCUAUCUUGGCUGCCUCUACACAUGG